GGAAUCCUCCUAAUCGAUACCUAGGACUCCCUUCUUAAAAGACUCUUCUUGAAUGGGAGGCUUCUUUGGUGAUGCCACUGAAUGAGGAGGCUUCUUUUGUGAUGCCAUCGUUACACGGACUGACUGCAGUCGCGUCUGUAAUUUUGACGCUCAAGCUUUCCCACUAGGGUCGUUUCUAACCAGAUGAUAUUAGAGUCCACUAAAUGAGGUUUCGCAACAUCUCAUCGGCCCAUCCUGCAGGCCGCUCGCCAGCUGAUGAAGUUCACUACGAAAUUCUCGCAAUGAUGCCGAGUCCGCACAAGAAGGAGACGAGGGCUCGAAGUCCGUCGGCUUUAGAGAUCGCAUCCGGAAUGACCGGUGUAGGCGAAAACUACAUGGACUUGGAUUCACCCACGACCCCGACAACUCAAUCCAUGAAAUUGAGACUUCGCAAGCAACUUUCGACCGCUUCCUCUUCCAUGGCAAACGAAGAAACUCGAGGACUCAAAACCGUAACGCGAGUCAAGAAAAUCAGUCGUCGACCGGAAGAAAGAGCUUUUCGUAGGCAUAUUGGCUGUGCGGCUCGAGCUGCUGCAGGAGUGUUAUUAGCUGGGGUUAUUCAGACGGGGUCUUCGGCGUCUUCUACAGGCUCCAAGUUCCUGCCUUCAUUCUACUACCUAGGAGGGUUAGCGUAUGCUGCCAUUAUGGUAAUUUAUGCGUCGGCACCGACAGUGGGUGGUGUGGUGCAGCAGAUCUGGCAGAUCGACUUGGGCGUGGGGCUGGCAUUGCUGUACAACUUUGGAGUGUUUUUGGUCAUUCCGAUCACACAAGGAGAUCUCGUCUCGGUACCAGAGAAUCUGAACGACACACCGUAUUUUGUGAGCCUGCACGACUGGGGAUUGGUGUCACCUUUCAUGCUUGCCUUCACGUUCGCGAUCUUCGUGCUACCGAUUGUAAGUGAAGCGUAAUACUCUUGGCUUCUUUCGUAUGCAAGAGACUGAGCUGUUCAUGGUACCGUAGCACCACAACGUCAAGAAGUUCGCGGUCAUGUCCAAUGCCUUCUUCAUGUUGAAAUUUAUUAAUCCCAUGAAUCCAAGAGUUGGCGGUACAGAUUUGAAGGACCUUAACAACAGCGACUACGCCACCCAGGGUCUUAUGAAGAACUUAGCGGUAUACAGCAUUAUAGGAGUUGUUGGCACGCUGAUCUCGCUGAUGACCGUGCUACUACCCACUCCACUCUUCGCGACCAAGAAGUUAAUGCGGCACAUGGGUCACGCACCAACUGACAUCCGCAAGAUCCUCAACUUGAUCAUGGAUUCAUACUGUUUCCGAGUCAAAGAUAUCAAGAAAAUGGACUUCUUUCGCUUACGACUCGACCGAUUACUUAACGCAGCGCAACACAGAUUAUCCGAGAUGGAGGAUCUUUUGGAUGAUUGCUGGUGGGAGGAGAUCGUGGGCGUGGGUUUGUGCCUCACGUUCAAUAAAAAUGUCGCCAAGCAGUUUGUCAAACUUUACGGGAGACUUCUAAAGGACUUGCGAGCGAUGAAAUUUGCGAUUGAGGCUGAAAAUGGCCAUUGGACACACGUGGUUUUAAUGAAGAGAAUGCAGCAGAGUCUGCAUAUUAUGCAGGCAGAGGCUAAUGAUUUGUUGCAAGAGAUAGCGAACAGAGUGCUGGAAGCCUCGACAGAGAUGCCCACACCGAAAUUCACGCACUUGGAGCAAACUGUCUGUCAUUUCAUGAAGAAAUACACCAAACUAUAUGGCGCUAUGCUCUCUGCUGAGGUGCACACUACUGGAGACGUAGGGAAGACCAUGUCUCUCAACGUAUUUGUCUACUCGUUCCACUCGUUCGUGCACACUCUAUUAGAGUUUGAAGAGCGUUUGAGUCACAAGAAUUUUACAUGUCGAUACCGUAUCGUCAAGUUCUUCAAGAUGGUGUGGUGCAGUAUCUACCAGGGCACUAUGUACAUGAAGAGGAUGAUCGUGUUUGCAGUGCGUACGACACUGGCUGUAUUGAUAGCGUACUGCAUCUCCACGUUCGUGUUUGCCUUCAGCGCAACCGGCCCGACAGCCAUCGCUAUGGUGGCACAAUUCCAUGUCGGUGGCACGUACGGGAACAUGAGGAAUCGCAUGGCUGGACUGGUGGCAGGCACCGUCGUUCCCUCCAUUCUCCACUUCUUUGUAUGCAAAAUCUCCGACGUGGUCUUCUACAACGCACUUAAUAACGCCGUGCUGUUCGUGUGGAUUGUGGGAUCCAUGUACGUGUGCUACAGCUCGUCGUAUCUGCGUAUGGCUGGGAUGGUCUCGGCGUACAUGUCGGCUUCAGUAUUGCUCGAUCACAGCUGCCGAACAACGACCAAAGCGCUGUCGUACUCAAGUUUAACCGAGAACUCUGUGGCCAUUAUGACCUUGAUGAUCGUUGAAGGUAUUCUACAGCCACAGAGUGCACGUAGCCUGUUGCGGUCGAAUAUCCAGCAGGUUCUAUGGGCAUAUAGCAAGGUCUUUCGUCGUGUAUUUACGCAUCAUAUUACCAGCACCGACGCCACCGCUCCGAGUGUCGGUGAUCUACCAACUGUGAAUGAGACGGAUACCAUGAAAGCGAAGCUAAGUGAAGAAGAGACCAGAGCUUUACACAAGGAAUUAUCGCUCGUAUUACCGACAAUUCUUAAGCAACAGAAGAAGCUCGUCCAUGACGCUACUGCUGAGCCCAGCUUGUGGAAGCCCAAGUUUUCUAACGAACAGUACACGCAGGUGUUAUCAGUCUGCUGGACGCUACUUGAUCGACUUCGACUGCUCUCUGAUCUCGUGGAAUGGAGAGAAAGAUCGUAUAGAAACUGCGUUCAUGAAGGCUACCGCUUAAAGCGCAGGAACGCUGGAAGUCUCAACGAUGAAUGUACCGCUGCGUUCAAAGAGCAAGAGGAAGAGCGAGCGCAACAGCCUGAAACAGUCUACUUUACUGCUGUUGCUCCAACAACUGAGGAUAUGAUCCCUGAAGCUCCGUUACCGCCUCUUCCUUCAAAUGCCACCCCGGCUGUAGCUAAAGCGAGGUGGGAUAGCAGUCGAAAUGCCUAUGAAUCCGUGGUGGACGAGUCGUUGGAGGCUCUGGUGACGCUGUUCAGUAAAGAUUUCACGUAUAAAACAGCAGACGACUACGCCAUUUAUCUCCAGAUGAAGGAGGCAUUUCGCAUCGCUGAUAAAGACUGCAGCGGCACUGUAGACGCGUCUGAACUCGUUGUGUUGCUCGAAAAGCUCAUGCCGUACACUGGAGAUCAAGGUAGUGUACACAUGGAGCAAUAUGUCGACGAAUUCAUGAGGCUUGUGGACAAGAACCACGACGGACAGGUCACAUUUGCCGAGUUCAUGCAGGCGUUGAAUGAUGGCUUCCGACUUGAGCUCGAGAUCUAUGAGAACACAGCACAGAUGAUCCCAAGCAACACAGGUCAGUUGAACAAGGAACCCCCACUCCAACAAGAGGGUCCUGCUUCGAUGGAUAUCUCGGACGACAGCUCAGCUGUUGAUCUACUGGAAUCAAGCACCGCUACUAGCGAUGCGCUCAUGACGCUGCCUAGUUCAGCUGCAAGAGUGCUUAUGCCUCAAUCAACGACGUUUUUCACCGCACCGUCCUCCUUGUCGGGUCUAGACUCGGUGCUUGGUAGUGACGACGAGAGAGAGCAGAUUCCGCAGAUCGGUACUAGUCGCCGCCGUUGGUGGACACAGACUCGCACUGAGAGUACUGGUGUUGCGCUUCUGAACGUGGAGUCCUUCUCUUUGAACGAAGCUGCCGCGACGUUAAAGCAAAGCUAUAGUGAGCUCUUACUGCGCUCACUGGACGAUGACGACCAACACGUUACUAUGGAGGAUUUCAUAGUCAUGAGUUGCCUCAUUAGCGCCUGUGAAGACAUCGCUGCAAAUUUGACUCGGCUCAACACACUCGCAGCUUCUUAGAAUAGCACGCGGGGUCGUUAGUAAAAAAUAAAUGUAUUGUACUGCUAGAGCACUAGAAAGCUAAUGACAGGAAGAGCAUCCUUCAGCUUCGGUGUCC